CGCUUCGCCAUGUCGUCGGUGACCACCCUGCGAUCGCGGCCGACCAUGGCCGACAUUGACACCAUGCUCGAAGACUCUAGAUAUCUGGACGAAACACAGCAAGAACUGCUUGUCGACACGCUGCGUGCCGAGAACGAGCGGAUCCAUGGGGUGUAUCGCAACGCCCUGGCUACCCUCUGUGCGGCCCUGGCGGCGGUCUUUGUCUAUCUGGCGGUUCAUCAAGUGCUGUAUCCGUACAUGGCAGAGACACAUGCCUUCCUCUCAUCGGCAGUCUCCUCCACCCACAUCGUGUCCAUGCAUCUGGUGGCAGCAGUGGGUCUCUUUGCCUCGGCUCUCUACAUCACACGCAUGGGCGAUGCUUGGCUCGCCAUCUCGCUCCUCUUUGCCGCGCUCCCGGCCUUGUAUUGGAGCUAUAAGUUCUCGGCCUUUGUCACAUAUCCCACACACAUCAUCUGGCUACCCGGCACCAACGCUGCCAUGUGCGCCAUCACUUGGUAUGUCAAGCGCGGCUGCGAGCAGCUCGAGAACGACGUCUCCGAGCUGCGCUCGUACAUGUACGCCUACAAGGGAGCAUGAUAGGCAUGCCGGCUCCUGGCGUGCGGCUCGCGACGGCCGCUUCUCUGUCGGAGAUUGAGUCCGUGUAUGCCAGAGCGAACCGGUGCUUGGCGGGGCAGACUCGAUGCUUGUGUGGCUCUGGUCUGGGUUGCUGUAUGUGCCUGUGAGGCCAUGCUAUCGAGUGGAGUCCUGUGGCGUGACCAUGCCACCGUCUGCCGUAUCGCCCUAUCUCUCUCCAUCUCUCUCCUCUCUGGAGGUGAUGCAUGUGACCGACCUGCCACACAGCAGAGUAUCAAAUGUGCGUUUGUCUGAUGGUCGGAUGAGCGACACUAUGUUCAAGAUGGUCGCUUCUGUGAGGCGGGGCGCUCGACAUGCCGUGGCGACCAUCACUCGUAUGAUGACGAGUAGAAGGACGACCAGUCGGAGCAGUCGGAGGAGUCCAGAUCCGAGUCGCUGUCGGCCGGGCUUGCGGCGUUAGCAGGGGGAUCAGCCGAAGAAGAGGCAGCGACGGCGGCAGGGGCGGCAGGUUCAACUGUCGCAGCCUGGGCCUUGGCGGCAGCGCGCGCAGCCUUCUUCUUCCGUUGGGCGUCGACGUAGGCCGGGUGCGAGAUCAUGUAGAAAAAGUCAAGAACGCGCUUGAUGUACUUGUUCGAAGUGCCAGCGUUGAGGAACUCGUCGAGCUCGAUGGUUCCGUUCUGGUUGGUGUCGACGUCGCGGAAGACUUCCUCGACGUGGUCGUUGGUGAUGGCCUCUGCCGCGGAUGAGUCUGCGGCGAGGAUCUCGCUCUCUUCGCGGUUGGCGAUGCAAAGCGACUCGGCGAGCUUGAGCGAGGCCUGCAGCAUGCCGCGGACUUCAUCGGUGUCAAGAGCGCCAUCCGAGUUGAGAUCAAAGGCGGCAAAGGCGUAGCGGAUCUUCUCGGUUGUCGAGCCGCGGCCCAUGAGCGAGGUGAAGAGGCAGAGCUCACGAAAAUCGAUCGAGCCCGAGUUAUCGACGUCAAAGAGCGAGAAGAGUCGAUCAGCGGCAUCAGCAUGACCGAGAUCGACCUUGAGACAGUGCUGGAUAAAGGUCUCCCGUGUCACGCCGUCCGAGUAGUCGACUCCAUCCAGGCUCUC